AUGAACUUUCUGUCUCCCAACGUCGCAUUCUCGUCAAACGCGGCCGACAUCAAUGUCAUCAACGACACCAAAGCCUCCAUUCGCAAGUACUUGUACACCACCGUCCUUCGCAUCAAGGACGUGAGCUCCAACUUGGUUGUGGGGGCGUUGAUUGCCCCCAAGUACGUCUUGAUCACCCCCAGCACGGACGUCGAGCGUAUGAAGCUCGUCAAGCAGACCAAGUACCCCAAGAGCAAACCGUCCACUAAAGCGACGCUAGUCAAGGGCAACCUCGACCCCGUCGUGGCCGCCGCCGGUACCCCGUCCUGGGUGCGCUGA